CUGAGGCUGUAGUCUGAAGCUUAGUUGAACGAGGGAAGGUAGUUCAGCUCCAAAGUUGGGUAAAAACUGUUAAGGAUUCAAAAUAAUUUAUUCUCUUUGAUUCCUAUGUUUAUGUUUUGCAGGUGAUUUUUUUCUCCUCCUGCAUCAUGAAGCUGCUUACUUUGAUAUUCUUUCUUUGUGCCCUGCUGGCUCUCAGCCUUGCUUCUAAUGCCAAGAAUGAAACUGGGACUAGGGAGGCUGUUUCCAAAGAUGCCAAAAAUGAAACUAGGACUGAGGAGGCUGUUUCCAAAGAUGCCAAGAAUGAAACUGAAACUGAGGAGGGAGUUUCUGCAGAGGCUGAGGAUGAACAUGAAGAUCUAGAAGAUGAAUUUGAUGAGGAGGAAGGGGCUUUAGAUGAUGAAGAAGCAGAUCAUGGAGGAGAGGAAGAAGCAGAAGAAGGACAAGAAGAAAAAGAAGAAGAAGAAGAAGAAGAAGAAGAAGGACAAGAAGAGCAGGAAGAAGAAGAAGGACCCAGCAAGGCCUAAACGAACCAGGAGUUAUAACUGCCUUGCAAUUAACCAUUUAGGUAAUGUAGUGUACUGUAAGUACACUACAUAAUGUAGUGUAAUGCUAAUGUAAUGUUUUUAGUUUAAUGUAGUGUACUGUAGCAUUGUAAAGCAUUGCUAACACAGUCAAACAUUUAGUAUGUACAAUGUAUGUCUAGCUGGCUAAAAGCAAUGUAGUUCUCUCUGUCUUUAAUCGGGUCGUAUUAUGGUGAAAAUGUAUUGUCUUCGCCAAUUUUACUUGUUUUUCCUACAGCUUGCAGAUGUUCAGUAGAUUACAGUUGCCUUAAAGAUUACCAUCUGUCUGCAUUAUGGAUUAAACAAACAUCCCAACCUUGAUGUCUAAUCAAUUGUACUCAUGUUAACCCCAUCUCCUGUAAUGCCAAAGAUUGAAAAAAAGCCACAAGAUUCUGGGAGUGGAUUGUCUCUCUGGUCCGUGUACUGUAGCAUUGUAAGGCAUUGCUAACACAUUCAAACAUUUAGUAUGUACAAUGUAUGUCUAGCUGGCUAAAAGCAAUGUAGUUCUCUCUGUCUUUAAUCAGGUCGUAUUAUGGUGAAAAUGUAUUGCCUUUGCCAAUUUUACUUGUUUUUCCUACAGCUUGCAGAUGUGAAGUAGAUUACAGUUGCCUUAAAAGAUUACCAUCUGUCUGCACUAUGGAUUAAACAAACAUCCCAACCUUGAUGUCUAAUCAAUUGUACUCAUGUUCACCCCAUCUGCUGUAAUGCCAAAGAUUGAAAAAAGCCACAAGAUUCUGGGAGUGGAUUGUCUCUCUGGUCCGCUUCGAAAGAGUCCACUGAAUGUCUUAAAGAGAGACUGCUUUUUGCUCUAAUAAACCUUAUCUAUUUCUAUUGCAAAAUAAAUCUUUUGAAGCAUUGAAA